ACCACACACACACACACACACACACACACACACACACACACACACACACUUUAGAUGAUGGUGGACUCCACGUUGGCUCAAGUAGGCAAGAAUCUGAGUGAUGCCAUGAGAAUCCUGGGAGACGGACAGAGAGAGCCGGAGGCAGGACCAGAGAAGUGGCGCUUCAGCAGAACCAGCAUCCCUGGACCCCUGCAGGGAGAUGGUCAGGAUGUCACCACUAUACUUCACCUAGUUCACAACCUCAUUCAUGACGAUGAGGAGGAAGAGGACAAGCCAAGCCAACAUAGGAUGCAGAAUGUGGGUGAACAGGGUCACAUGGCCCUGCUGGGUCACAGCCUGGCAGCCUUCAUCUCGGUGUUGGAAAGAGAGCGACUACGGAAGCUGACCACUCGGAUCCUCUCUGACACCACGAUGUGGCUCUGCAGACUGUUCAGGUAUGAGAACGGUUCGGCCUACUUCCACGAGGACGACAGGGACGGCCUAGUCAAAGUGUGUCGGCUGGUUAUUAACGCCCGUUAUGAAGAAUAUGCCUCCGAGGGCUACGCGGUCCUCAGCUCCAAGCAGCCAGUCAUCUACCAGAGUGCCUCCGGCAGGCCUGGACUGGGACAGCAUCUAUGCAGCCAGCUCGGCCUGCCCCUCUCUAGUCUGUGCACAGUCCCGUGCAAUACCAUCUUUGGAUCCCAACACCAAAUGGACGUUGCCCUGUUGGACAAACUAAUCAAAGAGGACAUAGAAGCUGGGAAGCUUCCUUUGCUGCUGAUCGCCAACGCAGGUACCCCUGGGGCAGGACACACAGACAAGUUGGGUCGUCUGAAGGACCUGUGUGAUCAGCACAGCAUGUGGCUUCAUGUGGAGGGGGUCAACCUGGCAACCCUGGCACUGGGUCAGAUCACCUCUGAAAUCAUGGCAGCCACCAGAAGUGACAGUAUGACGCUGACACCAGGUCAGUGGCUGGGACUGCCUGCUGUAACUGCUGUCACCCUCUACAGACACGAAGACCCAGCACUGUCUCUGGCAGCAGGUUUGACCUCCAGCCAGCCGGUGGCGAAGCUCCGAGCGCUGCCUCUCUGGCUCUCGCUGCAGUACCUCGGUCACAAUGGAAUUGUCCAAAAGAUCAGACAUGCCAGCGCUCUGAGCCAGCAACUCCUGCAGAAGCUAAAAGCUCUGGCCUCCAUCAAAACAUCGGGCGUGGUGUCGCCGAUCCCGCCCAUCUCCGGGGCUUCACUGCGGGACGUUCUGGGCUCUCUCAUGCUCUCUAUUGUGGAGGAUGAACUCAGCUCUCCCGUGGUGCUGUUCAGGUUUUCCCAGGAAAUGAGUGCCGCCUCCAGUGGCGGUUCAGUGGAAGGUUACUGUGCUGGGGAGAAAGAGGUGCUUGAUGCCUUCAACAGAUGGCUGGGUGAAACGCUGGUUCAGCUGGUUCCCACCAGUGGGGUAGAUGUGGUGGAGCUUGAAGACGAGGGUACAUGUGUUCGCUUCAGUCCCCUCCUGACCGCUGCAGUUCUGGGGACCCAGCAGGAGAACGUGGAGGAGCUGGUGGAGAAGCUGUGUGAGCUGGUGCCUGCCAUGUGCUCCACAAUGAGCCUCAGACAGGACUUCAGAGAGGAAACCCACCGACACUCACCCUCGCUCACGUACAUCGAGGAGCUUGGCUGGCCUGGCCUCGGUGCUGUCCGGUUCGAGCCUCAGGCCGAAGGAAUGGACGAGAGCAGGAGGAAGCAAGAGCUGGAGAAAAUCAACACCGAGCUGCUGAAGAAACUGCAAGACCUCGACACUGACAUCAUCUUUUCCACCGGCCCCGAGUUCGGGACAGAAGAGGACUGUAUCUUCAUCGGCAUGGUCACCGAGGACGUCGAUGUUUCAGAGUUGGUGGAUACAGUAGCUAACCUCGGGAGGGACAUCGAGGAGAGCGGAAGGCUACUGGAGAACAUGACGGAGGUGGUGAGGAAAGGCAUCCUGGAGGCAGAGCUGCAGCUGCAGAAGGCCAAUGAGGAGAAACUCAUGGAAGAGGGCAUGCUGAGACAGCUUCCUCUGGUUGGUUCUGUGGUGAACUGGUUCUCUCCAUUUCAAAGCUCCGUAAAGGGCAGGACCUUCAACUUGGCUGCAGGUUCCCUGGACUCCACAGAGAUGACGUACUCCACCAAGGCCCAGGCAGGCAGGCCGUCCCUGCAAGAUUCUCCCACCUCCUCAUCAAAGAAACUACCAGGUCAGAGGUUAUUCCGGCGCUUGGGGGCGGGAUCUGACUCCUUUAGCGAAACCAGCUCCGUCGGACAAGCCGAGGAGACAACCAGGGAGGGGAACACCACUCCGAGCCGUAGCAUCCACCCACCCACCUCUCCGCCCGCGACUGAGGAGGACUCACACGCCGCGGGCGAUGUCGUACCAGAGGACAUCCAGGAGUCCUCUGUGCAGGAGCACACACAGGUGGAGGAUGAAGUGGCCUCAGAGGAGAGGCAGCCCGAAGGCCAAGAGGUGGAGCAGAGCGGGAGAUAGGAAGACUGACUUUCUGCACUGCGUCCUCCAGCCGUCCUCUAAAUGGUACCAGCCUAAACAGAUGGUAAAAUGAAAGGUGUUAUUGUGAAUCUAACUCUUCCAGUUUUGAAAGGGAAAAUGGUAGAUUGGGCUGUUUGUACACUGACCUCUCUGUCAGUUGGUGUUCUUGUUGGAUUAGAGCAGAGCAGUAGCCAUAUUACACACAUCAUUUAUUUAACUUUAAACAGAAAUAUGAUUUUAGUGCUCACUUUAACACUGAACUGGAAGUAAAGCAGCUCAAUAUUAAAGCAAGUAGCGUCCACUGCAAUUACAAUGUUUAGAUUCCUCGCUGUAAAUAGUCUACACAGAUGUUAUAUAUCUAACCCAUGAAAUUACUAACAUUAUAGUUAUUUAUAUAAAACAUACCUGUAUAGAAAGAGUAGAGUAUCAUCAUCUAUUUAAUUUAAAAAAAAAAAUGCCUACUGAUAA